AAGGAGACGACAAUCGCUUUCUUAUUUUAGGUAAGGUUACCUCGUCAUCCACCAACCCACUCACGAACUCACUAUCUUCACCAAGUCCUCCAAAAGAAACCAAUUGAGGGUAGAUCCAAUCCAUUUAUCCAAUACCCAUAAUCACAUCCAAGUGAAAAUGGUCAUGGCAAUCGCACUUCGAAGGCUCUGUUCUUCACACAUUAAGCAUCACCAUCUCCGUCGUCCCUCCAAUGGAUCUUCCCUCGCUUGCAUGUCUUCUUUGCCGAAUCAAGCAGCUCAUGAUAUUGAAGUAUCACGUGUUAAUUGGACGAAGCAAUUGAAUGCUCCACUUGAAGAAAUUGAUCCUGAAAUUGCCGACAUUAUUGAGCUCGAAAAAGCUAGGCAAUGGAAGGGAUUCGAACUCAUACCUUCAGAGAAUUUCACCUCAUUGUCAGUAAUGCAAGCUGUUGGAUCAGUGAUGACCAACAAAUACAGUGAAGGUUAUCCCGGUGCUAGAUACUAUGGAGGAAAUGAGUACAUUGAUAUGGCUGAAAGAUUGUGUCAGAAGCGUGCAUUAGAAGCUUUCAAUUUGGAUCCUUCAAAAUGGGGAGUUAAUGUGCAAUCAUUAUCUGGAUCACCUGCUAACUUUCAAGUUUAUACUGCACUUUUGAAACCUCAUGAGAGAAUCAUGGCACUAGAUCUCCCUCAUGGUGGACAUCUUUCACAUGGUUAUCAGACCGAUACAAAGAAGAUUUCAGCUGUCUCAAUAUUUUUUGAGACAAUGCCAUACAGAUUGGAUGAAAGCACAGGUUAUAUUGAUUAUGAUCAAAUGGAGAAAAGUGCUGUGCUUUUUAGGCCAAAAUUAAUCGUAGCUGGUGCAAGUGCCUAUGCUCGAGUUUAUGACUAUGCCCGUAUGCGAAAGGUUUGUGACAAACAAAAAGCUAUUUUAUUAGCUGACAUGGCACAUAUCAGUGGAUUGUCACUACGUGGGCCCCGUGGAGCAAUGAUCUUUUUCAGGAAGGGACUAAAAGAGAUAAAUAAAAAAGGCCAAGAAGUGAUGUAUGACUUUGAAGAUAAAAUCAAUCAAGCAGUGUUUCCAGGACUUCAAGGGGGUCCACACAAUCAUACAAUUACUGGUUUAGCUGUUGCAUUAAAACAGGCUACAACUCCAGAGUACAAAGCAUAUCAAGAACAAGUUCUUGCCAAUUGCAAGAAAUUUUCACAGAGUUUGAUAGAGAAGGGAUAUGAUCUUGUAUCCGGUGGAACCGAUAAUCAUUUGGUCUUGGUAAAUUUAAGAAACAAGGGUAUUGACGGGUCGAGAGUGGAAAAGGUUAUGGAGUUGGUGCAUAUUGCCGCCAACAAAAACACUGUUCCCGGUGACGUGUCAGCCAUGGUACCUGGCGGCAUUCGUAUGGGAACUCCUGCGCUAACGUCUAGAGGAUUUCUUGAGGAUGAUUUUGUUAAAGUUGCCGAGUUAUUUGAUGCUUCUGUCAAAUUAGCCUUGAAAAUUAAGGCUGCUUCCACAGGAACAAAGUUGAAGGACUUUGUUGCAACUAUGAACGGGGAUGAGAAAUUUCAAUCAGAAAUUGUAAAGAUUCGAGGGGAGGUCGAGGAGUAUGCUAAACAAUUCCCAACAAUUGGUUUUGAGAAGGAAACAAUGAAGUACAAAAAUUAACAAAUCCAAACAUAGUAAAAACCAUCGGUUGGAUUCUGGUUUUGGAGUAUUUAAGGUUGUUUGUCAAACCUGUUUGUGGUUUAAAGUUGUGCACAUGGAAAACCUCGGGAGAUGCUAAGAUUCGUUUUGGAGGUUUGGCCGUCAUCGAGAGUUCACGUUUUUCUUGUUCGUCAGUUUGUGUAAAAUGGAUGAUGGUUCUGUUUAUUUUUAUAAGAAAUAGAUUUUGUUUGUUAUGAGUUUACUACAAGUUGUUAUUGUUAUUAUCGAUAAUCACACGUAUAGUAAUAAAUGCACACUAUAGAAAAGUUGAAAUUUAUUAAACUGUUGUAGUUCUUGCUAGG